AUGGUGGCUUCAAAUCAGUCCAACUCCAUUGUACAUGCUGCCACUUGUGGCGCUCCCCAACGCGACAAUUAUGAUACUGCAUCUCCGCGUCAUAGUGGCCUAGCCGAUCCUUCUAUCAACGGCGCGCCUCGCCCCUUUACUCUUCAGUGUGACAUGGAGAUCGUGUGUGUGGGAACGUGGAUCAGCAAUACAGGGUCCCAAUACACCGACUCCGUCUCGAACAAUGGUACUUGUGCAUUUCCAUAUCUUGUACUAGAUAAAAGAAGAGAAAAGGUGCUGAUGCUUUUGCAGUACGCGCUGCUGCAACGCGGGCUACUUGCAUACGCCAUCGCAGUCUACAUGAAGCAUGUCUCGAGUUUACGACAUGUGCUCGAAGGGUUGAACUUUUGGUGGAGUUUGAUGGAGAUGGUAUAGCGGGGGUUCUUGUGGGUGGAGAGGAGAGUAAAUCUGCAAUGUUAGUUUGUACGUGUGAGGAGUUGAUUGAGAUCUUUGGCCAUGAGGAUGGUCAGAGUGUGAAUGUGGGAGAGGGUACCAGCGAAUUUAGUAAGUCGGAAGGAAGGAAGAAGUAACUAUGAUUGUUUUGCAAGUGUUUUGUAUAGUUGGCGAAUGGCUAAUGGCCAUCUGGGCGUAAGGGGUUUGGAUGAAUUCUAAGUAGAGU